AUGUCGGUUGUCUCGUUAUUCUGGACGCUCUACUUCUUGGAUCCAGACUUCCUGCUCCACGAUGAAAAUGCUCGACGUGUGAUCUCUAUUGCAUGGUUCAACCACGGCUUGCAUACUCUACCAACAGUGACGAUCUUGAUAGACCUGCUGCUUUGGAAUCACGGGCGUGUGGCGAAAUCAUCUGCCUUCAAGGGACUUCUUUCGUUUGCCACGCUCUACAUUAUUGACAUCCACUAUGUUCACUACACGACUGGCUUCUGGGCUUAUCCAAUCUUGGGGCAACUGUCUCUCCCGUUGAGGGCUGCUUUCAUCAUAGGAUGCGCCUCAGUGUUCUUCGUCAAAUUCGUCUUCUUGGAUGCGAUGUCGGCCACAGCCCACGCACACGAUGCUGUUGAACAAAAGAAGAAGACCAAGAAGCAU